GCCAUUUGGAUGAAUUGAGCGGCAAUCUAAAAACUAAGCCAUUAUGGGUUAUUGUUUGUAAGUUAGAGUCAAGUUCGUAACAUAGCUAAUUUAGACAGUUCACACGCUAAGGGGAGCACCGAGUUCGAAUGUUAACCGCUAUCAAAAUGGUGUAAUAUUGUCAUGAAUUGUGGGUGGGUUCUGUUUACAAAAGAGAUUUCAGACAGAAAACAUCAUUCGUUUGCUCAAUCAUUAUUGUUGGCGCUAAUAGCUGAUAAACGUAUCUUUUUAACACCUGCCUAGUGCCUAUUUAUGGCAUUUUCACACAAGCGCCACUAUAAAUCAUCACAAGUUGCAGAAUUCCGUAGAUGUAGUUGAUCAUGAGAACUAACAGACACAGAUCAUUGUCAGGACAUCCCCUAUUCCGCAGUAUCCAACACAUUUAAUCAGAGUUAUCGCAUAGUCUCAUAUAUUAAGUGGAGGAAUUAUCAAACCGUUAUUAAACGCACAGCCGCCAUGAAAGCGUUCCCGUGUGUUGGUGGAAUCAUCUGCAUCGCGCUUGCGAGCGGGAUUUUCAGUCCCGCUGUAGGGUUUGACAAAAGUGACGGACCUUUAAACAGCACCAGUAAAUUGUACCAAACUGGCGUCGACUCGGGAAUAAUAAAUCCCGAAAAAUAUUCAUUUCAGUCAUUUCUGAAAGAUGAACAGAAUAUCUUUAGAGACUUGUUCGGGGAAUACAUUGCAAUGAAUGAUACUGAGCCGAUUAAUUACGAAGAGUGGCUCGUUUUAAAUAACUUUGGAAUUCUGCCCGAUACACAGGAGUCUUUGUUCGCGAGGAAAAUAACGAAGCGCAGUACGGCGGACAACAAGAGACGGUUCGUCAAUACCGUUCGGAAGGGGGACAUAUUGAUUACUGGUCGGGGCAUCGGCGGUCUGAUCGGGCACGCUGCGAUCAUGACUACAGAUACCUGGGUCUUGGAAAUGCCAGGCGGCAGAGGCUGGCAGAACGGAAUCAAAGACAAUAAUAGACAAAUUACGAAACAUAAGUGGUUUGACCAGCACGCGUCAGAUUGGACAACAGUGCUGUAUCGCUGCCCUGAUCGUGCGGCUGCUAACGGAGCGGCCGUGUGGGCUGAUCACACUUACUACAACCCUUCAGGCGGCGCCAAAAAGACUAAACACAUAACUUACCUUAUAACUCCUGACCUGCGAAGUACGAAUCCCAGUUAUUGUUCCAAGCUGGUGCUGCAGGCUUAUUACUAUGGCACGGGGAGAAAACUAGUUCUGGAUUUGUCUGGAGUAGGGAUUGUCGUGCCAUCUACUAUACCAACAUUUUUCAAAAAUGGCUAUAAGUUAGUUAAUAAGGGUAAAUAUUAGGAGACCAAGAUUUUAUACAUACCAUUCAAAAGUAACUAUUAUAUAAUAAUUAUAAUUAUUACUGUUUUCUUUUGUCAUUUGUAUUUGAUUUUCUUAUUAAGACAACUUUUAGUGCAAGCAAAAUAUAUAUUUUAACCUAAUCGGUCCAUUAAGUAUAUUUUUCUACAAAGUGCACAUUGCGCAUCCAUUUAAUUAACGAAAUAGGCAUGCACUUUUGUAGCUCGUCAGCAGCAUGGAAUACACUGUGACAACCGAAGCGCCAAAAAUACCGGAACAUAUUGGCAUUCUGAGCAUAUUGGCUGUGAUCCUCUAAAAUUACCUGCGUAAUCCUAAAAAAAAAACAUUUCUCCGAGUUUGGUUUUUUAAGUAACUAUUAUUUUCAAUGCAUUAU